CCUCAUCUUUUUGUACCGCUCCGUUGCGCUUCUCUCUCUUUCUCAUUCUCUCUCCUUCCUUCCUUCCUUCCUUCCUCCUCUCUCUAGCGGCGGAGUUGCAUUGUCGGCCGCCGAGGUAACCGGCGACAGUGGAAUCUCUAAGCUCACAAGCUCUUCACGUCUAUCCUUAAAGGAUUUAUCGCCGAUAACUUUCAUUGUCAUAUCUUCAGAUUUUUUUUAUUAUUUGCCGAUAGGAUCGGGGCACAUCUUGUUUCUCACACCCCGGAUCCGGUGAUUUAGGGCGAAUUUUGAUGCUUAUCGAGUAACGGGUUUAUCGAUUUAGUGAUCGUUCAUGGAACGGGGUGGUGGUUCUGGUGAGCGCUCACGGAUUGCUGCGCAUACUCCUCGGAUCUUGAAGGAGAAGAUCGAUGGGGUUGGUAGGACUGUCCCAUCUACUGGAAAUAGGCAAAAUUUUCAGAUGAAGAGAUCCAGAAUGCCUGUUAGUGAUUCCGAAUCAAGUGACGAGUUUAUGAAACCACCUCCACGUAGAAGCGUUGACUCCAAAUCCCUCGCAGUGAAAGAGAAGUUUGUUCGGAAGAGGGAUAGGGCUGAGCAUGAUCUAAAUGUGUAUGUUAGGAGAAACAACGAGGCGUCAGGGAGUUUGAUGAAGAUGAACAAGUUAGAUGUAUUUGAGUUUGAUGAAUAUGAUGGGUUUGAUAGUGCCAAUUUGAUGAGAAAACGCUUUGAUAAUGGCAGCGUUGGUGUUAGCGGCAGAAGCUCUUUUGCACCCAGAAGGUUUGAUACUAGUAUGGGUAGGCCUGGAUCAGGCAGGGGUGGUGUACUUGAUAGGAGGAGAACCACAUAUUUAAAUGGCACUGAUUGUACGAACUCGCAGGAGGACUGGAGUAGUGAAUCUGAUUCUGAUGAACCAAUGAAGGUGCGGCUGCAAGGGAGAAACGGUGUUCUGAAGGUGAAGGUCAACAAUAAGACAAGCACCCUUGCUGCUUCAAUCAAUCACCAGGACGCAGAUAUAUAUAAGAGACCGCUCUACUCUAGGAAGGUACAAAAGCGAGAGGAUGUUGUAGUAAAACCAACCUUUAGGAAAUCAAAUAAUGUAGGCAAUGGUUCAGAGUCAGAAGAGAGCGAUAUGUCACGGAAAUCAAAAAAGAGGAAAUCAGAGUAUAGUAAACCCAAAAAGGAGAUCAAUACUAAAUCAAAAUCAACCUUUUCUGAACCGGUAAAACCUGGUGUGAGAGAGGAGAGAAGAGGAAGGCGUGGUGGUGGAACAGAGAAGCAAAGAUUACGUGAGCGAAUUAAGGGAAUGCUUACUGAUGCAGGAUGGACGAUAGACUAUAAACCUAGGAGGAAUCAAAGUUAUCUGGAUGCUGUAUAUGUAAACCCCUCAGGAACAGCAUAUUGGUCAAUAAUUAAAGCAUAUGAUGCACUUCGGAAGCAGUUAAAAGAUGAGGAAAAUGAUGCCAGGCCUAGGAAAGAUACUGCUGCAGUUGCUUCAGUAUCGGAGGAUAUUGUGAACAAGUUAGCAAGGAAGGCAAAGAAGACACAGACUGAGAUGACAAAGAAAUGGAAAAAAAUUUCCAGUGGUAGUGAUAGUGAAAACGAAAGUGAUGGAGAUGAUAGAGGAGCCUACACUGAUAUCCCUGAAGAGAUGAUACGUUCAACCUUAAAGCUGGGUGGGAAAUCGACAAAAAAAGGAAGAAAUGGAACCAAUUGGGAUGAUCUACACACGAAAAGUAAAAGGUCAAUAUAUUAUAAUAAUUCAAGGCCAUCGUCUGGAUCAGAUUCACAUUAUCUACAUGGAAGAAAAAGCAAAAAAAUUGGACGAUGUACUCUGUUGGUGCGUAGUUCGAAGGAUAAAAAGAAUCCAGCUAUUGACGGGUUCAAUCCAUACUCUGGAAAAAGGACAUUGCUCUCUUGGUUAAUUGAAUCUGGAGUUGUCCAACUAAGACAAAAGGUGCAGUACAUGAAGCGGCGAGGUGCAAAGGUGAUGCUGGAGGGAUGGAUUACAAGAGAGGGUAUUCAUUGUGUUUGCUGCAGUAAAAUCCUCACCGUUUACAAGUUUGAGAUUCAUGCCGGGAGCAAGUCAUGUCAGCCUUUCCAAAAUAUUUAUCUGGAGUCUGGCACUUCUCUUCUUCAAUGCCAACUCAGAGCGUGGAAUAUGCAAAAAGAUUCUACGAGUCUUGGUCUCCAUCAAGUGGACAUUGACGGGGACGAUCCAAAUGAUGAUGCUUGUGGUAUCUGUGGAGAUGGUGGAGAUUUGAUUUGCUGUGAUAGUUGUCCAUCAACAUACCAUCAAAGCUGCCUAAAGAUGCAGGUGCUUCCCCCGGGUGAUUGGCAUUGUCCAAAUUGCACAUGCAAAUUUUGUGGUAAAGCUGUGGAUUCUGGUGGCGAGGACGGGAAUCUUGCAUCAUUACUUUCCUGCAGCAUGUGUGAGAGAAGAUAUCACCAAUCAUGCAUCAGUGAGGUGGGAGCCAACAGGGUUCAGUCUUUUGGUUCAGCUUCUUCGUUUUGUGGGCUUAAUUGCUUAGAGCUCUUCGAAAAGUUACAGAAGUAUCUUGGUGUCAAAAAUGAAAUAGAAGGCGGCUACUCAUGGUCUCUUAUACAUAGGGUGGAAAUUGAUUCAGAUACAAACUCUCAAUUGUCGGCACAAAGGAUCGAAAAUAAUUCAAAGCUAGCUGUUGGGCUGGCUAUCAUGGAUGAAUGCUUUUUGCCCAUAAUUGACAGACGGAGUGGGGUAAAUCUGAUUCGCAAUGUUCUUUAUAAUUGUGGAUCCAAUUUCAACCGGAUCAAUUAUACUGGCUUCUACACUGCUAUCCUAGAGAGAGGAGACGAAAUUAUAUCUGCGGCAUCUCUCAGGUUUCAUGGUAUGCAAUUGGCAGAGAUGCCAUUUAUUGGAACCAGGCAUAUAUAUAGGCGUCAAGGAAUGUGUCGUCGCCUGUUUGAUGCCAUUGAAUCGGCUAUGCGUUCUCUCAAGGUUGAGAAAAUGGUUAUUCCUGCCAUUCCAGACUUCUUGCAUGCAUGGACUGGUAACUUUGGAUUCAGUCCUCUUAAUGACUCAGUUAGACAAGAGAUGAGGCACCUGAACACAUUGGUAUUCCCUGGAAUAGACACGUUACAGAAACCGCUGCUCCAUGAAGAAAACGUUAUAGUUGCGGCACCUGCAGGUGGUACUAUAAAUUCAGAGAGAGAAACAGAAAAUAAAUCAGAAUUUGCCUCUUGUGUUGAAAUUGGUCCACACUCCAUUGAGGGUGAUGAAUUUAUCGCUGAUGCUGCGAACUGCUACAAGAAUAUUCUUGCUUCAGAUGAAGAAAACAUUCCCAUAUCAGUUGAAACAGCCAUGGACACAAUUUCCAAGCCGGAGGAUGAGUUGAAUAAAUGUUUGCCUGGUGAAGAAUGUGGCCUUAGCUCUUCUCCUUGUCAGAUCAUACUAAAGUCAGGCACUAAGCACGUAUCCAAUUAUAUAUGUGAAGAUACAGGAUCAUCAUGUGAAGACGGCCUUACGGAUGUGAAUGUCCAAGCCGAUGCUGGAUUACUUUCUCAGGAAAUCCAAGCAUCAGCUAAAUUUCAGGUUGAAAACAAUCUGUCCUCGUCUAUUUCUGGUAGAGUAUCAUCAGAUUUGAGCUCAAUCUCUCAAGAAGCCAAAAGUGAACUAAACUCUUCGAAUUUAGACGGAGUUCCUUCAUGUAAAGAAAAUAGCAUACUCGGUCCUUGUGCUGAGUUGGCUGAAUCGAAGGACAAUGCAUUCGCAGAUGGGUUUCUUUUAUGAGAAGUGCGAGAGAGAGAGAGACGGUUGUUGAGAAAAUUUGUUUACUGAAGAUGAAUCUGAGCUGUUCUCCUGGAGGAGGUAUAAUAUCUCCUGGAUUUGUUCGGACAUAUUGAUGGUCCUAACUUUGAAGCUGCAUCCUCCAACCAUCAGGAUUCAGUUUCAUAGGAGAUUUGUGAUGAAGAUAUAUCCUUUCCCUUUGAGCGGCAAGUGAUACUAUAGACUAAGGAUAAGCUUGUGUUAUCCAGUGAUCUCAUAUUCAGCUUGGAUUAGUGUGGAAAGAGUCAUGUUGUUGUUGUCAGUUACUUGUAUUUAUUAUUCGCAACAUUGUAUUAUAUCAAGUUCCAUUUAUAUAAAAUAUGGGACAUUCUAGGUUUUA